AGGGGGAUGGCAGCUGGGAGAUGGUUUGGAAGCUGAAACAAGGAGCCCCUUCAGCACACCCUGAGCCCUGCGGUGCGCAUGGCACGGGGAGGGAAACCCAAGCUGCUGGGGGAAGCAGUGGCUGUGUGCGCGGUGCUGGCAUGGGUCCGGAUGCAGCUGAACACCGUUCCCACAACCUGCCUGGCAUUGGGGAUACUGCACAGAGCUGUGAGAGCCCCACAGCAGAGCUGAGGAUGGAGCACGAUUCUGCCAAUACAUCAGCCAAAACUCUCUGCACCACCUGGAGGCUGCUGCUGCUGCCGCUCGGGGUCAUGGGGCUGCUGGCGGCAGCAGUGACUGGAGCCUGGCUGCUGGGUCAGUACCUGCAGAGCAGCCCCAGCACCCUGCCCAGCACCCUGCCUGGCCGCACUCCUCACCUGCUGCUCUCCUCUCCCAAAGGAUGGCACCUCGGGGGCCCACAGCCACACCAGGGCUUGGCCAAGCCACAGGCAUCAGACACUGUGACAGCAUGCAGUGAGGGCGAGGAGGAGGAGCCCGUGGUCCGCGGGGCACCUGGAGGAGUGUCUUUCAGGAUCCAGGCAGGUGCCUCCCUGCUGGCGGUGCGGCCGCAGGACCGGUCCCGAUGGCUGCUGGCCUGCCACGAGCGCUGGCAGCCCACGCUGGGCACACGGCUGUGCCGGCAGCUCGGGGCGCUCAGAGCCAUACAUCAGAAGGGGGUGAACCUGACGGACGUGAGGGUGGAGGACGGGCAGGAAUUCGCCCAGGUGGGGGCCGGCCUGGACGACGCGUGGCAGAUCAGGGCGCUGCCCUCAGCACGGGACCUGCAGUGGGGGCUCGGGGUCUGUGCUGGGGGCUCUGGGCUGCCCUGGGCCUUCUGUCCCCUCAGCUACCGGCGGCGGAGCGCGUCGGGCUGGACGGUUCGUGCUGGUGUCACUCGUGGCUCGGCCAAACAGGAGGCCGGGGUGCCAGUGGAGAGAGUUAUUUCUCACCCGCUGUACAACGAUAACAGCAUGGACUACGACAUCGCUCUGAUGAAGCUGCGCGUUCCCUUGAAUUUCUCAGACACCGUUGGAGCUCUGUGCCUGCUGCCCUCCCACCAGGACCUGCUCCCAGGCACGCCGUGCUGGGUGUCGGGCUGGGGCUACACCAGGCCUGACCAAGCACAGCUCACCGAGACGCUGAAGGAAGCCCUGGUACCGUUGAUCAGCACCCAGAGGUGCAACAGCUCGUGCAUGUAUGCAGGAGAGCUCACGGCCAGGAUGCUGUGCGCCGGGUACCAGCAGGGGAAGAUCGAUGCCUGCCAGGUGAUGGGCGGCCGGGGGCAGGAGCACAGCAGAGGGGCUUUGUUGGGGCUGAGCGCUGCUGUGCCAUCCCUGCUCUGCUGCAGGGUGACAGCGGGGGCCCCCUGGUCUGCCAGGAUGAGCUGGUGUGGCGCUUGGUGGGCAUCGUCAGCUGGGGCCAGGGCUGUGCUGAACCAAACCGCCCGGGGGUUUACACCAACGUGGCUCAGCUUCUGCCCUGGAUUUAUCACGUCACUGAGAUCUACUAGAAGCAAGGAGAAACCUCCUGCAUCAACGCAUGUCCCAUUGCACAUCUACGUGAAGAAAAGCCUAGGACUAAUUCCCACUGUUCCUAUAACCCCUAAAGGAACGGCCCCAGACACCACCAGAACACGUGGCCAGUAUAAAUAGUUUAUUAAAGAAAAUAGCAAA